GUUGAAAGCGAUGGGCGAAGUCGACGCGUACUUGCAGCUGCGGCAGGCCGAUGGCCUCUUCCGCAGCAUUGAGGCCAUGGAGAACGAGCUCGGCAGCGGAAGCCUCGCCUUCCAGGAGAAGCUCACGAUGCUCAUGGAGCGCUUCCACCGGCUCAAGGCGUCGCCGGCGCUCGCCGACUUGUACAGCUCGAACGAAGCUGCGCACGAGCUCCAGACGAUCCAGCUGCAGUUCCUCUUGAUCGACUACUACCUGGGCAUGCUCGCGCAGAAGAUCAACACGAUCAACGUCCAAGGCUCGCGCUCGGACUUCAUGUCGGCGCGGCUCAAGAACCUCAAGUACGCGUCUGCGCUCCUGGAUGCGUUCCUGGACCAGUGCGUCGAGGUCGAGCUCCUCCGCCGGUCCGAGCGCGCCAAGCAGCUCUCGCAGCUCGAAGAAGGCAAGAAGGACACGCGCGAAGACAAGAUUCGCAAGUGGCAGCUCCAGCAAGAGGCCGACGCCGCCUUGUCCAACGUCCUCAACCUGCGCGCCCGCGCCGCCAAGGACGACGACAUUGAUGAGGAUCUCGAGCGCGAGUUUCUCUUCCGCUUCAUUCAGGUCGCUGUGCUCAAGAGCAUGGAAGACCAGCUCGCGAUUGCCAAUGAAAUGGAGAUGCUGGAAACCAUGGUGCAAAUGGCCAAGCUGCACACAGACAGCGUCUUGGACGCGGCCGAGACCAAGCCGCCGGUCCAAGGCCAGGGCAUUGAGGUCACGCACAUCAACCCCAAGAUGGAGAUGAAGCGCGAAGUCAUCCAGGGCCGCGUCUUCCAGCCGGGCCACCGCCUCCCGACCAUGUCGUUGGAGGAGCUCGCCGACCAAGAGCUUGCCGACGCCCUCGACCGCCAAGAGCGUCAAAAGAACGCACCCGAGGGCCCGCGCCGCAUCGAACAGCUCAUUGAAGACGGCGAAGAAGACAACAUCGCGCUGGUCGAGGAAGCCACGUACCGCGACCGGUCGUGGGACGACUGGAAGGACGCCAACCCCAAGGGCAUUGGCAACAAAAAAGGAUCGCAGUACUAGACUAUCAACGUGUAUACUAGUCGACUACUCGUAGUAUACUCGUCACAUGGACGACAAGUUGUCCAAUAUGCCACGCGUCAUGGUGACAGACACUCCUCUUGUCCUUCACGUCAUGUACAACGAAGCAUUGCAUUUGAA